AAAUUCGGCCCAUCGAUUUUCAAUACUUUCUUCCCCUCCUGCGUCGCUAGCAGCGCGAGAGCAAGCUUCCGCAAGCUUUCGAUUCGCUCGCAUGGAGGAGGCGAUCCCCUUCAAGAAUCUCCCAAGCAGAGAAUACCAAGGUCACAAGAAGAAGGUGCAUUCGGUGGCCUGGAACUGCACGGGGACGAAGCUCGCGUCCGGCUCCGUCGAUCAGACCGCUCGCGUCUGGCACAUCGAGCCUCACGGCCAUGGUAAGGUUAAAGAUAUUGAAUUGAAAGGGCACACGGACAGUGUGGAUCAAUUAUGUUGGGAUCCGAAGCAUGCAGAUUUAAUUGCAACAGCAUCAGGCGACAAGACUGUACGGCUGUGGGAUGCACGAAGUGGAAAAUGCUCGCAGCAAGCAGAACUCAGUGGGGAAAACAUCAACAUAACCUACAAACCUGAUGGAACACAUGUGGCAGUUGGUAAUAGGGAUGAUGAGCUAACGAUUUUGGAUGUUCGGAAGUUUAAGCCAAUUCACAAGCGGAAGUUCAAUUAUGAGGUAAAUGAAAUAGCAUGGAACAUGUCAGGAGAGAUGUUCUUUUUGACAACAGGAAAUGGUACUGUUGAAGUACUAGCAUACCCAUCUCUUCGACCUGUUGAUACCCUUAUGGCUCACACUGCUGGUUGCUAUUGUAUUGCAAUUGACCCAGUUGGAAGGUAUUUUGCUGUUGGAAGUGCAGAUUCCUUAGUGAGCCUGUGGGAUAUCUCUGAGAUGCUCUGUGUGAGGACUUUUACGAAACUUGAAUGGCCCGUAAGGACAAUAAGCUUCAAUCAUACUGGAGAUUACGUUGCUUCUGCCAGUGAAGAUCUGUUCAUUGACAUUUCAAAUGUUCAAACUGGACGGACAGUGCACCAAAUUCCAUGCCGAGCUGCGAUGAACAGUGUGGAAUGGAAUCCUAAAUACAAUUUACUCGCAUAUGCUGGGGAUGACAAAAACAAGUACCAGGCAGAUGAAGGUGUUUUCCGGAUAUUUGGAUUUGAGAGUGCAUGAGAUUUCAGAGCAGGGCGAAAUGAUUUUGCGCAUGCACAAGAGUUUCCAAUUUUGUGUUCGCUUAGGAUUUUUUGUACACAUUCGAAAUCUCGUGUAUGGGACGGAUCUAUCUUUCUUGCAAGGAGUUCUUUGCACGUCUGUCUAUUUACGAAGGAAGAGCGUGUUCUUUCUUUGAUCUUACCAAGAACUUAUUUACUUCACAAAACUUUUUUUUUUAAA